CAAUUUUCUCACUGUAAUAAAUCCUAGGAGAUCAACAAAACUGAGAAAAAAAACUAUCUUCCAUUUUUGUCGCACAAAAUGUCCACAACAUCAGCCCGGCGCGUGAGAGAACGCGGCAGCGGAGGGGAGAAAAUCGCCGCCGCCGCUGCGGCGGCAAAAACCACGCCGCUCUCCGGCAAGUCCGCCCCCACGGGGAAGGAGAAUCCGAGGCCCACUUCUCGGUUACGAGCCGCCACUCAAAAGCCCAGCAUCCCUCCCAUGGCUCGGAUCGACAAAUCCGCCGGUGUCAGGAAGUCCACUUCAUCGGUGCCCAGAGGUAGGAGCUCUAGCCCCUCUGAUUUUACUAGGGUUUUUUCAGAGUUGAGGAAGGAAUCUAGGGUUUCGAUGGGCCCAUCGCAGAUAAAAGUUAGUACUUCUCGUUCGAACGAAAAAACCGAUGCAAGGAGCUCUAGGGUUUCAAAAGAUAUUGUAAAAACUAGGGUAGCCUUGGAUAAAUUGGAUCGAAACUCGGAAUCAAACGAGAAAAUUGGGGCUAAAUUUAUGCAAAAUGGUGGUGUUAGGAAAAAAAUUGGGAGUCUGAGUUCAAUCUCUGUAAAAAAUACGGUGUUAGAGAACAAGGUUUCGAGUAAUUCAAAGGAAUCCAAUCGUGUUGACGGCAACAGAGUUAAAGCCUCAGAGGAACGAAAGUCGAAGAUGGUGAGAAAUGCGAGUACUUCUCUCAGAGAGAAUGGUGUUAACAAGUACCCCAGUAAGCUACACGAAAAGCUUGCGUUUUUAGAAGGGAAAGUGAAGAGGAUAGCCUCCGAUAUAAAGAGGACUAAAGAGAUAUUGGAUAUCAGCAACCCGGAUUCUUCCACGAUAAUAUUGUGCGAUAUUCAGGAAAACAUUUCGGGUAUCGAGAAGGCAAUGGGUACCGAUGUGGGGUCCGCCAAAUGUGAAAAUGAGGAGAAGAGCCUAGAAGAGAACACGAUGGACGCAAAGUGUUCGAUUAAAGGUCUGAAUGACGAGGAACUAGAAGCGAGGUUGUUUCCUCAUCAUAAGUUGAUUAGAGAUCGGUCGCUAUCGAAAACAGCAUAUGAAGAAUCAAAAAAUGCAAUGAAUUUAGAAAUCGUGGCUUUUUCGAGUAAUAAGGAAACAAAUGUUGGUGAAGAGGUAACUUCUGUAGCGGGCUCUUCUCUGAAUGCGCCGAAUGCCAAAUGUGAUCUUGAAUCUUUGCUAUUUGCCGACGAAAACUUGAACGAGUUUGAUGAUUAUCAAGAAAAAGUGCCAGCUGUGAUGCUUGAGACUGAUGAAGAAGACAACUGUACGUAUCAGUUGAAUGUUAUCGGAUCGAAGUCAUCAACUGGAGGGUGGUUUGUGUCGGAAGGCGAAUCGGUUCUUCUUGCGCAUGGUGAUGGUUCUUGUUCUUUCUAUGAUAUUACUAACUCUGAGGAGAAGGCUGAAUACAAGCCGCCAGGUGUCGUCUCACCGAACAUAUGGAGAGAUUGUUGGAUAAUACGCGCCCCUAGUGCAGAUGGGUGCUCGGGAAAAUACGUAGUGGCAGCAUCAGCCGGAAAUAAUUCCGUCGAAUCAGGUUUCUGUUCGUGGGAUUUCUACACGAAAGAUGUUAAAGCUUUCAAUUUCGAGGAUGCAACGAAUGCCCGUGUAAGAAGAACAGCUUUCGCAUCCUUAUCCAACAACACCAUGCAUCAUGGAAAAAAUCCUCUGAGGUGGUACACACCCUGUGGGCCGCUUAUUACAUCGACCGCCAGCUGUCAGAGAAGUGUCCAUAUUUACGAUAUUCGAGAUGGCGAGCGUGUAAUGAAAUGGGAGCUGCAAAAGCCCGUUUCGGCAAUGGAUUGUUCGAGCCCUUUGCAAUGGAGGAACAGAGGAAAAGUGGUGGUGGCUGAGGUGGAUGGUGUUUCUGUGUGGGAUGUGAAUUCUCUCACUUCGAAGGCGUUGUUGUCUGUUUCUUCGUCUGGUCAGAAAAUAUCGGCUCUUCAUGUGAACAACACUGAUGCCGAACUAGGUGGAGGUGUUCGACAGAGAGUUAGUUCAUCGGAAGCCGAAGGAAACGACGGUGUUUUCUGCACACCGGAUUCAAUCAACGUGCUUGAUUUCAGACAACCAUCCGGUAUCGGUCUCAAAAUACCCAAACACAAUAUAAACGCACAAUCGGUUUUCUCUCGCGGCGACUCUAUAUACAUCGGAUGCAAUAAUUAUUCAAGUUCCUCUCUAAAAAAUCAGUCUUCGUCACAAAUACAUCACUUCUCAUUGAGGAAACAGAGCCUUUUAGCCACAUAUUCUUUGCCAGAAUCGGACGCUCGUAAUAAAUCCACAUCAGUGACACAAGUGUGGGGAAAUUCGGAUCUUGUGAUGGGAGUAUGUGGCAUCGGUUUAUUCGUUUUCGAUUCUUUGAAGAAUGAGGCGAUAGAAGCUAUUGGAUUGGAUGAUGUGUGUUCUCCUUCGUUUGAUUAUUUGGAUUCGAGGGUUCUAAUCGUAUCUAGAGACGGGCCCGCUUGCUGGAGGUACUUAUUAUAGUAUGUGUGUGUAUAUAUAUAUAUACACACACAUUUAGGUAUGCAGUAACUUAUUGCUUAGUGUUUUACAGCUCUGCUAAAUUUGUUUUCUUGGUUUAGUGUCUGAAAUGCUGUUUUUAGGACCUUUGGAAAAAUGUUUUGUGUUCUUGUCUUAAGUUCAAAUUUGGCUCAUGUAAGUUUCUUGUUCUUAUGGAUAUCGAAAAAAAAAUGUUUUUCGAAUUUCGGUUGAUCUUUUCUAGAACAAAAUAGGCAUUCUCGACGGAUUGUGUGGCAUUAAAUUUUCUUGGAUUAAUCGUUUUCGUUGGGA